UUUCACAAUCAUGCGGACCAGUAUCGCGGCGGCGCUGCUGCUGUCCCAUAUGCGGCCCUCUGCCUGGUGGCCGCCCGUCGCUGCGGCUGCGGCUUUCGGCUGGGGCCCGCAGAGGACCCUGGCGGCCGCCACUCGGCCCCCUCUCCUGCAGGCCGCCGCCGACAAGUCGGCGUGCAAGCUCCCGGCCCCGCCCGACGUUUACCUGGGCGCGGGCUUCGGCACCGCCUACGGGCAAUGCGCGUCCAGCACAGGCCCGCUGCGCGCCUUUAUGAUUUUCGUCGACUUCCCCGACGCCGGCGCGACCGAGGCCUCGCCCGCCGAGCUGCGCGACUACUUUGUCCCCGGCGCCGCUGACUGGUACGCCCGCUCCUCGGCCGGCGCCGUCCAGCUCGAGGUCGACGCCGACGCGUCCGCCUUUUACCGCAUGCCGAGCCCAUCCACCUCGUACGGCUACGAGCGCGGCCUGUCCAGCGAGGCCCACCGCGCCUACAUCGACGACGCCCUGGCCGCCUACGCCGCCGCCGCCGGCCAGCCCGUGCCCCGGGGCGCGGACGUGCUCUAUAUCGUCGCCACGCGCAACGCCACCGCCAUCUCCUUCUCGCCCACGUACAUGGGCGACGUGGGUGCCCCCGGCGGAGCGCCCGACGAGCCGCCGGUGGCCCACAAGGCCGUUACGUACGGGCUCGACUCGUACACAAAGUGGGGCUUCAAGGUCGUCAACCACGAGACGGGCCACGCGCUGUGCCUGCCCGACUACUACGCCUACGACACGGCCAGCGGCGCGCCCGACCAGCACCGCUUCGUCGGCGGCUGGAGCCUCAUGGGCUACAUCUCCGGGCCCGCCCCGGACUACUUUGCCUGGGACAAGUGGCGGCUCGGCUGGCUGCCCGACGCGGCGAUCGACUGCGUCGCCCUGUCCUCAGACGUUCCUUCAGCAACAGCAACAACCCACGUCCUGACCUCGCUCGGCAGCGGCGACGGCACCAGCGGCACGCGGGCCGUGGUAGUGGUGGUGGCCAACGGCACAGUGGCGCUGGUGGCCGAGGCGCGCGGCGCAGAGGGGCUCGACGCCGAGACGUGCGCGCCGGGCGUGCUGUUGUACACGGUCGACACCACCGUCGCGACGGGCGAGGGCCCCGCGCGCGUGCUGGACGCGAACCCAGGCUCCGGCGGCUGCGGCGGUCACGAGCUCAACGACGCCACCCUGUCGCUGGCCGGUGGUGCGAGCGAGUUCACGUAUGAAGGCUUCGGCGUCACGGUCCGGCUGGUCGCGCACGAGGGCGAGACGUACACGGUCGAGGUGGGAAGCAGUUCGUAG